AUGGCCGAAGAAGGCGGAGGGAAGAGCAGAGGCGUCGCGACGGCAGUUAGCGAGCAGCCCCCGCCUAGUUAUUAUUACGGGACCUUCCAAGGCGUGGCAAAUUAUCAGCCUCAACCUACUGUCUCUCCUCCUCCACCGUCUCACCAUGUCAUCGGUUUCCCUCAGCCCAUGCCUCCUGCCGGCCUCUCCGGCGCUCCGCCUCAUUACUAUCCUCACGGAUAUCAAAUCGUUCCUGGUUAUGCUGUCGCUGAAGGGCAACCUUUUAGAGAGCAUCGGCUUCCUUGUUGUGGUAUUGGGAUUGGAUGGUUCUUGUUUAUAAUUGGUUUCGUGCUCGGUGCUAUUCCCUGGUACAUUGGAGCUUUUAUACUGUUAUGUGUUCGGGUGGAUUACAGAGAAAAACCUGGACUUGUUGUAUGCACUCUUGCUGCAACUCUUGCUAUUCUUGCUGUUAUUCUUGGUGUGACCAAGGCAACUCUUGAAUGGUGA